AUGCUGCGCUCCGCGAGGCGGUCGCCUCAUUCGUCUCUCAUUCGUCGCAUUCGUCUCUCAUUCGUCUCAUUCGUCUCUCAUUCGUCUCAUUCGUCUCUCAUUCGUCGCAUUCGUCUCUUGUUCGUCGCAUUCGUCUCUCAUUCGUCUCAUUCAUCUCAUUCGUCUCUCAUUCGUCUCAUUCGUCUCUUAUUCGUCACUCAUUCGUCUCAUUCGUCUCUCAUUCGUCUCAUUCGUCUCUUAUUCGUCUCAUUCAUCUCUCAUUCGUCUCAUUCGUCUCUUAUCCGUCACUCAUUCGUCUCAUUCGUCAUGGAGCGUCUCUUUCGUCGGCAGCGAACUCUCCCAUUCGUCGAGCAGGCCAAAUUGCCACCGUUGAAUGGGCGUGUCGCCAUGAAUGCGGGGAGCCCGUCGUCCAUCCCCAUUCCCGGACCCCUCAUUUCCCCUCUCUCUUCCCUCAUUUCCCCCACUUCUCCCUCACAUUUCCCCCCUACUCCUCCUCAUAUCCCCCCCAUCUCCCUCUCAUUUCCCCCACUACUCCUCCUCAUUUCCCCCCCUUCUCCCUCACAUUUCCCCCACUACUCCUCAUUUCCCCCGUUCUCUCCCUCUCAUUUUCCCCCUUUCCUCCUCUCAUCCCCCCCCCCUGCUCCCUCGAUACUUUUCCCACUGCUCCUCCACACUUCCCCCUACUACUCCCUCUCAUUUCCCCCCUUUAUCCAUUUCAUCCCCACCCCUUCUCCCCCCCAUUGGCCCCCCUUCUUCCUCUCAUCUCCUCCCUUGCUCAAUUUCCCCCACUGCUCCCCCUCACUUCUCCCUCUUCUCCCUCUCAUUUCCUUUACUGCUCUCCCUCAUUACCGCCGGCUCUCCCCCACUUCUCCCCCCCAGUUCUGCCGGCUUCUCGUGUCACUAGCUGAACGCUCCCUGGGUCCACGACUUCGCGACAAUAUCCACGAUCCCAACCCCUAUUCUACAGUACUUCUUAUGACGCGUCCACACCUCACAAGCGAGAAACUGGAAGUAUUGUCUAUCCCAAUACAUUCUGUGACAUUUCCCUCUCUGCAUCCCCUCGUUCCCCCUUCUCCUUCCCCUUAUUGUCCCCUCUGCUUCCCCUCGUUCCCCCUUCUCCUUCCCCUUAUUGCCCCCUCUGCUUCCCCUCGUUUCCACACUCCAAACCCUUAUUACCCCCUCUGCUCCCCCGCGUUCCCCCCUCUCCUUCCCCUUAUUUACCCCUCUGCUCCUCCUUGUUCCCCCCUCUCUUUCCCCUUAUUUCCCCCUCUGCUUCCACUCGUUCCCAACUCUCCUUCCCCUUAUGUCUCCCUCUGCUUCCCUCUUCUCUUCCCCCUCCUCCUUCCCCUUAUUUCCCCCUCUGCUUCCCCACGUUCCCCCCUCUCCUUCCCCUUAUUUCCCCCUCUGGUUCCCCUCGUUCCCCCCUCUCCUUCCCCUUUUGUCCCCCUCUACUUCCCCUCGUUCUCCCCUCUCCUUCCCCUUAUUUCCCCCUCUGAGUCCCCUCCUUACCCCAAAUGCUUCUACGCAUAUCCGCCCUCUAUCGACCCCUUUUUAUCAUCUCCCCUCCCUUCCACCACCUCACCGCAGCCUAAGGCACUUACACCCACAAAAGGAGCAAUUUUUACACAAGGUUAG